AUGAUGAAGAGAAAAUUUUCUGCUACAUUCAGACUAGUCAUUAUAAAUGCUAUUAUUUUAAUUCAGCAUUUCAUUCCGAAUUCUUAUGGGAUCUACCAACCACGAAACAGUAUUAAUCAAAACUCAAAUCUACAGUUUUUUGAUCACAUCAAGCGACCUGUGUAUUUAAGCGACAAACAUUUGCCCCAAAAUGUGAUCACAAGAAAACUUAGAGAUGCUGUACAAUCUAUGUUUUCAAGUGAUUCAAAAGAGAUGGAUAUCCCAGAACACUUAAAAACCCUUAUUGAGUCUAGUCAAAAUGCAAAUGCACUAAAUGGAGUUUAUCCAAGUGGAGAAGUAGGUGAACAACAGGGGGAGGUCGAUGAAGGCGCGGAUGAUGUAAGUCACUGUGUUCCGAUUCAUGAGCCCAUUUGUCAUGGUCUCCAAUACACGCACACGUGGCUGCCUAAUUCAGUUGGCCUGACAACUCAAGAAGAGGCAGCAAAACGUAUGAAUGACUAUCGUUCUCUCAUAAAUGUAGGCUGUUCACAGUAUCUGAAAUUUUUUCUGUGUACUAUCUAUUUUCCAAUGUGUACUCCAGCACUGAAUCCACCGGCUGCUUUACAACCAUGUCAGAAUUUAUGUCGUUAUGUCCAGUCUAAGUGUGAACCAAUUAUGAAAAGUUUUAGCUUCCCAUGGCCAAUUGAACUGAACUGCAAGUCACUACCCUCAGAUUCAGGAAUGUGUAUUCAACCACAAAAUUAUGAUUUAGAUAAACAAGGACAAAUUAUAAGUCAGGAAUUCCAUCUGAAGCCCAUGGAGCUAUUGCUGAAUUGUUGCCCGAUUUUAGUGAAUUUUUAG